AUGAACGACCAAAUGGAUAUAGAAUUCGAUCUGUUUGAAUUUUAAGGUUUGUUGGGUUAGGGGUCUUUCGGAACCGUGCUUAAAGCUUUUAACAAAAACACAAAAUAAACAGUAGCUGUGAAAGUAAUUAAGAAAAAAUAAAUGCUAUAAUAUGCGUAACUAAUGCAGGAAGCCCAAAUUUAGUAAGAAUUAUAACAUCCCAAUAUUGUUAAAUUUUUUGGAGUUUAUGAGACUGAAAAUAAAAUCCUUAUCGAAAUGGAACUUAUUAGUGGAGGUUCAUUAAGUUCAAUAACAAAAUGUACUGAAGAAUAAGCCAAAUACAUAAUGUAUUCGAUUUUUAAUGCAUUACAGUAUAUGCAUAAUAACAAUAUUGCUCAUAGGGAUUUAAAGCCUGAAAACAUACUUGUUACUCACGAUCUUAGCUUUGUUAAAGUGACUGAUUUUGGAUUAAGCACAGGAUACUCCUCAUUGAUGACUAAAUAAUGUGGAACGCUUAUAUAUAUGGCCCCGGAAUAAUUAAAUAAUAGGAUAUACAACAAGACUGUAGAUGUAUGGGCUGCUGGAGUUAUCAUGUAUUAGCUACUUGUCGGUGAACAUCCGUAUUAUAAAAAGGGAUGCGAUAUUGCUUAAUCUCAAUUGACAAUGCAUGAGAAUUGCAAGAAGAUUUUGAAUGAUAAGUAAUUCAGUCUAUUUCGAAGAUUGACUGAAAUCAAUCCAACAAAACGAUAUAGUGCUACAUAGGCGAUGUUACACCCUUGGUUUAAUAAUGGAGGUGAUGAGCCUCUGACUAUGGAGGAGCAAUUUUAAAAGUGGAAGCAAUCUCAAAAGUUCUAAAAUAUCAUCUCGCUUUUAAUGUUGUUAAGUAAGAUGGGCUAUAAGAAGGUGCUGCAUAAUAGAGAACUAUAUCAACAAAUUUCAAAGAAUUUAAAUAAUAAAAAGAAACAAGAUGUUAUGAACAAUUAUGAAUAAUUAUUUGCUGACUAUUAAAAAUCUUUGAAUGAUGCCCAGAAAACUAAAAUUUCCACUGUUGUUCCUACCCCAAGUUUAGAUCAACAUAAUGAUAAUAAUGAACAAAUUAUUUUUCAGUCCUCUUUGAUGAAGCCUUUUAAGUAAUUAUCUUCUUUUAAUAAACAUGACGCAAUAAGGAUUAUCAAUACUAAUUCAUAAAUUUAGACACCUUCAAAUGAAGAAGAUAAUGAAUUAGAUCAAUAAAUCAAAUUUUCAAAUUAAUCUUAUAUAAUAAAGGAUAGAUUAGAAAAAUCGAAUAUUCGUCCCUAAGUCAUGAUUUAAUCUCAACCUACUAAAUUAACAUCUAAUCUAUCUGAAAUUGAUAGCAAUAUACAGGAUAUUGAUCCCCAAUAAUAACAUCUAGAGAAACAAUGCUAGUAAUCAACAGCCACAAAUACUAGUGUAAGUCCUACUAAGUCUCCUCUCAGAAGAAAACGAGUAAAAAGGACUUAAAUUAAAUAAUAUCUUAACGAAGAGAUCAUUUAAUCUAAUGUAUAAUAAAUAUAAAUCAUCACUCAAAAACCAAAGCAAUAGCCGUAAUAAUAAUAGUAAUAAUAACAAUAAUAAUAACAAUAAUAAUAACAAUAACAAUAUUAGUCAUAAUAAUCAUAACUAUAAUAGUAAUAAUAAUAAUCAACUACUAAUGUAAUUAGAUAACAGUCUCCUUCACCAAAAAAUAAAUUUAAGAUACAAUUAAAACCCCUAAAUCAUUAGUAAUAACCUGUAAAUUAAACUUCUUAAUCAAAUGGAAAUCAGUCAUUACGCCUAAAGGUUUAAAAGCUAUCUGUUGAUAAAGAAUUCUUCGCUCCUCCAGUUUUAGAUUUAAGCAAUUUAGCACUUGAAUGUUUAAGUCCAAAGUAUCGAAAGACUCGUACAAAUAGUUUGCAUUAUUAAAAGCGAGUCUAUGCUAAUGAAUUUUAACCCUCGAGGGUUUUGGGAAAUGCUUACAAAAAGAAUUACGAUUCCUUUUAUAUGAAAUGA